AUGGCAACAAAACCAACAUACACCGAGAACCAACUGGAAACAUACCUCCAACGCAUUGCAUACUCCAAGUCCACAGGAGCAGAGACAGAUCUUCUCCAGCAUGUCCGCCGGAAUAUAGAGAAAGAUGCCUAUGCCACACUGUGUGAUCUCCAGCGGCGCCACCUGACUGCUAUUCCUUGGGGAAAUUCGGAAUUGCAUUAUUCGCGCCAUCAUACUAUUUCAUUGGACCCUGAGAGCCUCUUUGAGAAGAUGGUUGAGAGACGGCUUGAUGGGUAUUGCAUGGAGAAUACGGGACUGUUCCUUGUCAUCUUACGGUCUUUGGGGUAUUUCGUUUAUCCUACUGCUGGUCGAGUUGCUCAUGCUGCCGAGACGGGUGUUGAUAAUGGGUUGUUCUUUUCUGUGGCGCAUAUGAUUCUGAUUGUCAAUAUUGACGGGAAGAGGUACAUGGUUGAUGUCGGCUUUGGGAAUAACGGUGCUACUUCCCCACUGCCGCUGGAGGAGGGUGCUACUGCCACGCAUAUUGCGCCAUCUGAGAUGCGUUUGGUCAAGGAAAACCUCAUCGAAUUCACCGAUCCAACCCAGAAGGUCUGGAUCUACCAAACAAGAUACAAACCCGAGAGCUCUUGGCUGUCCCAGAUCUGCUUUUCCGAACAGGAAUUCUUGCCUCAGGAUUUUGGUGUCAUGAACUUCUCCGUCAGCAAGAAUCGAACCAGUUGGUUCACCCAGAGAUUUAUCUGUGUGCGGUUCCUCAUGGACGAAAGUGGGAAAGAGAUCGUAGGACAAUGCAUCAUGGCGGGGAAAGAAGUUAAGCAAAGAAUGCACGGGCAGACAGAGGUGUUGAAGGUGAUGCAGAACGAAGAAGACCGGAUUGAGGCUUUGGCCAAGUACUUUGAUAUGCACCUUCGCGCGAGUGAGAUUCAAGGCAUUCGGAACUUGUCCUCGCAGCUCAAAUAG